CAUUUUACUAUUGUUGAAUCGCAACAUGAUUCAAAACUUGUUUUUACUUCCAACGAGGUUGUUUGCAUCUUUGGGAGCUCCGUCAUCAUUUCAAUGUUAUCGCAAAGGUACAACACCCAUCCACUUCGUUGAGUCAAGUCAAUUAAACUACGGAUUGAAGUGAAAAAAAACUUGUGCUGUUUACUUACUUCCUGUAGUGCUAGUGUCUGAGAUUGUUCUUUGAUUUACUAAUGAAGUGGUUUUUACAAAGAAGAUAUAGUUUUUCAUUAUUGUAUCUAACAAAAAACAUAUUUUGAUAAAAGUGCUCCAUAGUCAAAUAAAACUGCGUUUAACACGCAAAUGCUUAAAUUUGAGUUUUAGUGGCAAUUGUGGGCGGAAUAUUCUAUAGAGCACAUAACUACAUAUCUUCGCUCGAUACGAAACAAUUUUUCGGAUGACCUCCAUCACUUACUAAAAGCAAAUGAGUCGAUGGAGAAAAUUGAUCACGCUGGGAAGAUGGUGUUUAAAUAAAGAAGAUUAAAAUGCAGUGAAUUUGUAAAAAUAUUUCCUUUGUAGUUUAAAAUUUGAUUUGUGUCAGUGUUUUUUUCGGAGAUUGAAAAUUGUAGAACAUUUGCAGUGAAUCAGUGUUUAAAUCGUUCAAUGGUGAUUACGACUAAUAUAUUAAUUAUGAAAGUUUAAACGAUUUGCGUAACAAAAAAAAGGUUAUACAAAUGCUACAUUAUUUGAGCUUGACGAUAACAAAUGAUAACACGCCAUACGGAAAGUAAAAUAUUGACGGUGCUUUUUCCAGUAUUUGCUCGAAAAUACUUUUAUAAAGGUGAUAUUUCAGUAUAGAGCCAAUAAAUUUCAAUUAGUUUAAUCGUCAAAAUUGUGGAAUACAAAGAUACGAAACUAUAUUAGUCCAACAACGAUUCUGAAGUUUCUGUUUCAAUACCGAAUUUCAUUAAAUUAUAAUGGAGACGAUCGAACAAAAGGCCAAUGCAAACUUGCCAGUUAAGUUUCCAGGAGCUCCAAUGAAUCCCCCUUUAACAGACACUGGUGAGGAUCCACAUCCCAGCCUGUCCGAUUGGCACGAUUACGAACCAAACCUCGAAUUUGACGACACAGAACUUUCGCAAACGGCUCCUGAGCCCGCGGGUACAGUGAUUUUUGAUGAAGAUAAUUUUUCCGCUGAAUUCGAAGAAGUGUCAGCAGACGAAAUUAUCAAAACUACACUCGACCCGGACAACUACGAAGAACAACUUAAAAUGAUUGAGCCCGACGAAAAUGCCAUUCGCAAAGAGUUCAAACGAAGAAAAUUCAUAGAAUUUAUUGGGACAGACAAACAUGGUCAACCAAUUAUUGCGAUCUAUGCAUGCAGUUUGCCAGAACGAAAAGAUCUGAACACGAAUAUUUUCAUUGAUUUUAUCAUCAAGUCGAUGGAAGAGUUUGUACAAAACGAUUACAUUAUCGCGUACUUUCAUCAGGGCAUGAAAGAUAACAGCAAACCGUCCCUACAGUUUCUGUGGAAUUCUUACAAGGAGUUGGAUCGAAGUUUUAAAAAGAAUUUAAAAAAGUUAUACGUGGUGCAUCCAACAACAUUUAUCAAAAUGGUAUGGUUUUUCUUUAAACCUGUUAUCAGUGAAAAAUUCAAGAGUAAGUUAAUUUACACAUCCAGUCUCGACGAGCUGAAACAGUCAUUAGGUUUACAUGCGCUCAAAGUACCGGAUCCCGUUAGAGAAUUCGAUGAGAAAAUCAACAAUACUACUCGGUAUGCACUACGAAGCAGCAAAUCUAGUCUGAAGAGCAGUCGCUCAAUGGAACAUAUCCCGAAGACGAGCCAGUUUGGAGUUUCGCUUAAGUUUAUCAUCGAGAACAGCGCCUGCCUGAACUGCAUUCCACCGAUCAUGCGCAAAUGUGUCGAUCAUCUGUCACUUUCAGAUGUAAUUGACACCGAAGGCAUUUUCCGAAGGUCGGGUAACUACACCCGAAUAAAGGAAUUGCGAGAAAAGGUCAACCAAGGCGAAGAGGUGAAUCUUUCCAACGAGGACACUCAUGUGGUAGCAGCAUUGUUGAAAACAUUUCUUCGUGAACUGGAAGAGCCUUUAUUAACAUACGAGCUGUACGAAGACAUUGCUCAGUUUGCCGAAUGGACCACCGAGGAACAGCGGUCACGUAAUGUUAAACAAAUUCUUCGUGAAAAGUUGCCAGAGGAAAACUACGAACUGUUCAAGUACAUUGUCGAGUUUUUGGGUAAGAUUAUGGAGCGAAAAGAUUUCAACAAAAUGACAUCCUCAAAUUUGGCGAUUGUGUUCGGUCCCAACCUGGUUUGGCCAAAGCAAGCGCAGAUGUCACUGGACGAGAUUGGGCCGAUCAACGCAUUCAUCGACUUCGUACUUCAGAAUCAGGACGAUAUUUACUUUGUCGAUAUCAACAAAAAGGAUGGAGGCUAUGAUUAACAGCGGCUGAUUUAAGUUUAGUUGUGUUUAAAGUUAUUUUUACUCCGACGUCUUACUUUUGUUAUGCAUUUGUGCUGAUCCGUUUGAUUUGAUGUGCGAGAUGUUGAAUGUGAGCACAAAAUGUUAUUUUCCGUUUAGAACCCAGGUUGAAUUGAAUGUGUACCACUUGUGUUAUUACCACUAAACAUUCUUUAAUUAUAUACUAAUGAUAAGUAUGAAGAAUUUUAGCACGUGAAUGUAAAUAUAAGCGCGAUCGAGAAUUUUAAACCAGAAACACUAAUAAGUUUAAGAUGUUGAACCGAUUAAUAGUCAUUAUUACAAGUGAACAUAUGAAAAAAAAUCGGUAAUUUUAUGAAAGAAAAACAUGCGCUACGUUGUUUGAAACACGAGUUCUGAUCAAAACCAAAGAUGGGAUUUCAAUAUUCCGACAAACCACACAAUCGCAGCGAAAAUCCGUCAACUGAAAUAAAUCUCAGGCAUUUCCAAUUUCUCUGUUUGAAAACUUUAGAAUCUAAAAGGUGUGCCAAACGGAGCGUAUAGGAAUUGGAACACGAAUAGAGUAAUCCCGAUUGAUACUUAUACACAAUUUAAUGAUUAGGUUACAUAUUAACAUCAAUCAGUGAUGCUCUGUUCGUCUGGGGAAAAUAUCAAUUUUUCGUUUUAGAUUAACUUUUGAAAUUGAGCUAAUAACCCUUGAGAAAUUGAUAAAAUAGAACCUAAACAAUAAGGAAAAAGCUUACCCACUCCGGAUAGCUAUACGCACCUACAUUUUAUCGAAAUAAAGUCCAUAGUGCGCAGGGAUAUAUAUCGCCCCUUCAGUAAGUUGUAAGUUGACAACUACAUAACUUAUCAACGGAAAUCAACAGUCGAACAUCAGAAGUACUGAAAUUGGUAAGAGUGGAACAUUGAAAAUAAUUCAUACACGAAUUGGAUAGCUGGUUAGCACGAAUUUAAGUUUGUGACAGGUUUAGGAUGACGUUGUAAUGUACGAAAAAUUGAAAACGCUGUUCCGAGGUAGUGAUUCAUGUACAGAGUUUAUAGGUGAAUAAAUCAUUGAAACACAAACAA